CAACUCGCGCUAGACUGCAGAGAAUCAAUUCUAGGGGACAGGGCUGCAUACAAACGCUGGAUCCUCGACAAUUCGGGUAUAAACUUAAUUUGACUGAUUCAACUCUCGUUUACCUGUUCCUCUCCUCAGUUCGUGCAAGGGUUUACUUUAUUUUCUAAUUGUAAUACCAGCGAGUGGAAGCGAGCUGCAUUUAGCUGCAUUGUCUCUCUGCAUAGACCUGCUUCACUCUCCAUCCAGUCAAAAAGUGCGAUUAAAAAUUACAAAAAAAACAUUGUUAAGGUAGUGUAUUGGUAAGUGUUUGAACUUUAGCUGAUUAUAUAUCUAGUUAGUCUCUCAUAACUGCUGCAGCGGUUGAUUAGGCUAUUGUAUUUUAGUGUGUUUUGCCUUCAUGCUUUAUAGUGAUGCAGUUUCAGCAGGCUAAAGAAACAUGACGUUUCUUAGUUUAAAUCUUUGCUGGGGCAUGCUCUUUUGAUGCGCAAUAUACAUCCAUUUGCAAUUGGCGAUUCUCUUUUACCUAAGUAUCCUCCUCAAACCAAGAUAAACAGUUUUGUGGACAGAAGCCUAAGUGCACAAUGAGGUCCCUCCACGACUUUUUCAAUUGCACUUAAAAAGAAGAGGGAGAGAGAGGGCGAGAGAGAGGCUGCAGGAAGCGACGCCUGCCAACCCUCAGGGGUUCCUACAUCAAACAGACUCUCGCGUCAUCUUAGCAUUUGAAACGGAGACGACUCUUGAUAGGUUGAUAGAAUAUAUAGACAUAGAAGUCUUUCUCGCUAAUCUAAAGCAAGAUGAAGAAGUUUCGAAAGGUACUGGACGGCCUGUCAUCCUCCUCCCCGGGGGGUGUCGCGUCCCCCUCGUGCGGCAGUGCAGCUGGUACCCCGACCGCUCAUGCGCCCACUCCCCAGGAUAUCCAUGUCCAGGAGACGCUAGUCUCGGAAAACUUUCAGAUAUGCAAGACGGUACGCCAUGGCUUCCCGUACCAGCCCACCUGCCUGGCCUUUGAUCCCGUCCAGAAGAUCCUGGCCAUCGGCUCCAGAACAGGAGGCAUUCGGAUCCUGGGACGGCCUGGUGUGGACUGCUAUAGCCAGCAUGAAAGUGGAGCCGCUGUCCUCCAGCUACAGUUCCUCAUCAACGAGGGGGCGCUGGUUACGGCAUGUGCAGAUGACACGCUACACCUGUGGAACCUUCGCCAGAGACGCCCAGCCAUCCUGCACUCGCUUAAAUUCAACAGGGAGAGGAUCACUUUUUGCCACCUCCCCUUCCAGAGUAAAUGGCUGUACGUGGGCACAGAGCGUGGCAAUACACACAUCGUCAACAUCGAGUCCUUCGUUCUGUCUGGAUACGUCAUCAUGUGGAACAAGGCCAUAGAAUUAGCAACUAAAGCACAUCCAGGGCCCGUGGUCCAUCUGAGUGACAGCCCGAAGGAUGAAGGCAAGUUGCUGAUAGGGUUUGAGAGUGGAACAGUAGUCCAAUGGGACCUCCGAGCCAAGAAGGUUGACUUCAGAAUCUACUACGAUGAGGCUAUCCAUUCUGUGAGCUGGCAUCACGAGGGGAAGCAGUUCAUGUGCAGCCACUCAGAUGGCAGCCUGACUAUGUGGAACCUGAGAAACACAGCCAGGCCCAUUCAGAUCACCUACCCUCACGGGAAGAUACUGAAGGACGGGAGGAAAGAGUCGUGUAAGCCCAUCCUCAAGGUGGAAUACAAGACCUCCAGGAACAGCAGUGAGCCCUAUGUCAUCUUCUCUGGGGGUCUGUCAUAUGACAAGUCCGGUGGAAGGAGGCCCACCCUGACCAUCAUGCACGGCAAGGCCAUCACAGUGCUGGAGAUGGACCACCCUAUCGUAGAGUUCCUAGUACUCUGUGACACCCCAUACUCCAACGAGGUCCAGGAUCCUUAUGCAGUGGUUGUGCUUUUAGAAAAGGACUUCAUCGUGGUGGAUCUGACACAGAGCAACUUCCCCAUCUUUGAGAACCCCUACCCAAUGGACAUCCACGAGUCUCCUGUCACCUGUACGGCUUACUUCGCUGAGUGCCCUCCUGACAUCAUCCCCAUCCUCUACUCCAUAGGGGCCAAGCAGAAGAAGACUGGCUACAGCCACAAGGAGUGGCCAGUGAGCGGUGGCACAUGGACACUAGGCUCACAGACCUACCCAGAGAUCAUCGUCACAGGACACGCAGACGGAACCGUAAAGUUUUGGGACGCCUCUGCUAUUACACUGCAGAUGCUGUACAAGCUGAAGACGUCCAAGGUCUUUGAGAAGCCCAAGGCGGGAGAUGGGCGGGCGGGCGAGCUGGUAGAGGAGGACCCCUACGCCGUUCAGAUGGUCAGCUGGUGCCCACAUAGCCGUCUCUUCUGUGUGGUGGGCAUUUCUUCCCACGUCAUCCUCUACCGGUUCAGCAAACACGACGCCAACACGCAGAUAGUGUCACUAGAGGUGCGCCUGCAGUUUGAUUCAGAGGACGUCAUCUCCCCGUCAGAGGCAGAGAACAACCCGUGUUUCUCGGACCCCAGUUCCCCCCAGCCGCCCGGUAGCCCUGGCAGUGGCACACAGGACAGCCUCCCCUGCCUCAAGGUGAAGAGUCGUCCAGUGCGGAUGCCCCCGGGGUACCAGGCUGAGAUGGUGGUGCAGCUGCAGUGGGUGGAUGGAGAGCCCCCCCAGCAGAUCACCAGCCUGGACAUCAACUCUGCCUACGGCCUCCUAGCGUUUGGGAACUGUAAUGGUCUAACGGUGGUGGACUUCCUUCAGAAGACGAUCCUGAUGUGUAUGGGCACACUGGACCUCUACGGAGCCGCAGACCCCUACCAACGACUCACACGCUCCCCACGCAAGAACAGACAGUCCACCUCAGACUUUUGCAUGCGUGGUCUGUCUCACUUUUAUUCAGAUUCAAAGAAAAGGAUCCGUACGUCCUAUCAGAGCCUUACAGAACUCUCCGAUAACCAGGUAUCCAUGGACAUGGAGAGAAGCAAGUCACCCACCUCAGUUCCCUACCCAAGCUCCCUUCACUAUGACCCUCGCUCCAUGCCUGAGCCUGUGGCCAGUCUGAGAGCCAGCCACUGCAGUCCAGUCUUUUACUUACUGGACAAUGUAAAGGGACCCGGCAGAAAGUUAAGUCUGCCAACAGAUCUUAAGACUGAUCUUGAUCAUGUCAAUGGACAUUGCACUAGUCCCACCUCCCAGCCCUGCUCCGUGGGGAAACCUCGCAUCACAGGGGUUCCCGAGGGCCCGCGGCUCACCCGGAGAGGGCCUGGCCGACCGCCCUUCCGCAAGGCCCAGUCCGCCGCUUGCAUGGAGAUCUCUUUGCCUGUUUCCUCCCACACAGAAGGUGGCCAUGCGUCCAGGAGGGCAAUGCUUCAGCAGUUGCAUGGAGUCAGUAUGUAUUCCCACGACGAGCACCACACCACCUCCUACAACUGGAGCGAGAGAGAAAGUAGAGAGAACUCAUUCAGUCGCUCGCGGAGCUCCAGUGUGUCCAGCAUUGAUCGCGACACCAAGGAGUCAGUGACCACGCUGCAGUUCGGAGAGUCCUACGGCCGUAAGGGCGAUGCUCUGCCUACCGCCUGCCUGUGGGUGGGCACCAGCCUGGGCGUGGUCCUGCUCCUGCCCAUAUCCAUCCCCACAGAAGAGGAGGAGAGGAUGGAGGAGCCCAUCACCAUGGGGCCCAGUGGUACCGUCCUGAUGCUAAAAGGCUCUGUGUUGAGAUUUGCCUUCCUGGACUGUGGGGGCGCUCUCAUUCAGAGUCCCUACGAGGUGUGGCGGGACCCCAACGGACCCGAGGACCCCGACCGGACCCGCAGGCGCAAGCUGAUCAACUUCUCCCCGUCAUCAUCCCAGGAGGCGUGCGGUGACGGUCACCUGGCCGUUGUGUGCUCUGAGAAGCAGGCCAAGGUCAUCCUCAUGCCCACCCAGGCUGUCCUGUUCACCCACAACAUCACCGAGUCCUCCUUCCUCCUGCGGGCUGACGUUGUCUCCGUCUGCAACAGCGUCUGCCUGGCCUGCUUCUGUGCCAACGGACACAUCAUGACCCUUAGUUUGCCCAGUCUAAGACCCCUGAUGGAUAUCAACUACCUUCCCCUGACCGACUUGCGUAUCGCCCGGACCUUUGUCUUCACUAACGGAGGCCAGGCCCUGUAUCUGAGCUCUCCUACAGAGAUACAGCGUCUCACAUACAGCCAGGAGAUGACGGACAACCUACAGGACAUGCUGGGGGAGCUGUUCACUCCUAUAGAAACACCAGAGGCCCAGAACAAAGGAUUCCUCAAGGGCUUCUUUGGGGGCAAUGCCCAGACCUUCGACAGAGAGGAGCUGUUUGGGGAGGCAGCAGCGGGAAAGGCCUCUCGGAGUUUGGCCCAGCACAUCCCUGGUCCAAUGGGAUUGGAGAACAUGAAGGCUGCAGCCGGCGGCGUCGUGGGGGACCUGGCACGAGCCCGCAUCGCCCUGGACCAGAGAGGAGAGAGACUGGGCGAGCUGGAGGAACGCACCGCCCUCAUGAUGAACAGCGCCGAGACCUUCUCCACACACGCCCACCAGGUGAUGCUGAAACAUAAGGACAAGAAAUGGUAUCAGCUUUAAAGGCAGGACAGCGGGCUGUGACUGCCCCUCCACCUGGUGGGGGGGGGGGGGGGGGGCACUAUGCUGGGACAUGGACCUUUACUCGACGGACAUGAGAGCGAUAGAGAUAGAGAGAGACACAAGAGGGACUCUGUGUUAACGGGCCUCUCUGUAGGCCGUCUGUACAUCAUUGUCACAAGACUUGGACAGAGGGCAGUCACUUAUCUAGACUAUAGUGAGAUGGACACAGACCAGGAAGUAAGUUGGUACGACAGGGGGAACCCAAAGUGGAUGAUGACAGUCCAUCAGUGUGUGUGGGUGGGUUACCCAGAUCUUGCUGUGUAGAUACUCUAAAGUUAAUAAUCCAACAAGACUGCAUGAAACUAAACAGAUGAUUACAAAAAAAAGUUAAACUGCAAUAUUAAAAAGCAGCAUGCUACUUUAACAGAGGGAAAUAAAACAAGAGAAAACUUGUAUUUAAUAAUAUAACCCAACAACAGAAAGUAUGAAAAAAACUUUAUAUUUUUUGAAAUAUGGAAAAAAAGAUAUAUAAAAACGAAAAUGUAUUCCUGCAUAGCUAUAAAGCCACAUUUUUCUGUUUGCCUUUUUUUAUUACUUUCAUUUGGUUUUUGAACACAUUCUGAACACACAUCAUUUCAGUUUCAAUACUUUCUUUACACAAAACUACUACUGAUGAUACUAUUCAUAUUCCCACCAUUAGACACUGAGCUCAACCUAUAUUGUUAUCCAAGAUCUCUGUGGUGUACUCACAGUGCAAAAACACAAUCUAGUCUUUCAACAUAUAUCACUCCACACAUUCUGAACAACUGAAUUGUCAAUUUUACUGGCACUAAUUUCAUUCUCUUGGCUGCUACUACUGACUAGACCUGUUACCAGGAAAAAAAAAGGUACAUUUCACCUGCCAGAAAUGUGUGAACACAGAGAAUAUAUUGAUUAAUAAUGUGCGAACACAGAGAAUAUAUUGGUUAAUAAUGUGUGAACACAGAGAAUAUAUUGAUUAAUAAUGUGUGAACGGUCAUGGAAAUGAUUUGUGUUGGCUGAGGUGCCACGGUGAUAGUAGACUGUGAGGUCUGGAUUGAGUGUGUUUAUAUUUCUAAUCUGAACAUAUAUAACAUGAUGUAAUAAUUCACGUGCCAUAAAUCAAGAUGGGUGAAGCCCCUUACUGUAAACUAGCAAAGAGCUAAUACUAUGUGGUAGUAAUGACGUGUUUGCUGUAGAUAAGAGUAGGCUAGCUGAGCCCAACUUUUCAGUAUGGCCGCUGAUAGGUGUCUGUCGCUGUUACUGGGUUUCUGGUUCUUUUGACAGAAUUGUGACACCUUCUUUUAUGUUUUGUUUUUGUUGUUGUUUGUUGCUUCUUCAUUGGAAUCUUCUGCUGCCUUUCUCAUAUUAUGUAUGAGUUUGUUGAGCCAGUGUGUGUCUCACGCAAGCCCAUGUAAAGACAAAACUCUUACUCUUUCUUCUGCCAAAGCAAUUCACGAAUGAAGGUGUCAGUUGGAGGAUUGUGUCAUCAUAUGUUAUUGUGGGUGGUGGGUCCCGUGUUUACAUUUUGGUAUCCAGAGUGGUCCUCUUUUGCACGUUGAUGAGAAAACUAUGCUUCAGAAGUCUCCAGGGGUCUUGUUGAACAGGAGUAGGCCUAGCUAAAAGACUGAGGUAGAGUCAGAUCCAUUUAAACACUACUACCAUUCCGGAUCAAAAAUAUCCUGCGGUCGGUCCGUGUUGUUGAUCUAUAUGGAGAAAUGUAAUAAGAGCGAGACUAACAAUAGCCUACCAUCAUGAGUCUUGCGGUUGUCAAGUGUCGUUGGCACAUACAGUAUAUGGAUCUUCUAUGUUACACAUAUUGGUACAUGUAAGGAAUCCAGACUGAUAUGAGCAAAGGUGUUUCUAUUCUUCGUUUUACUCGUAAUUGCUCUUGAUGACCUUAAUGUAACCCCCCCUUAUCCUCACCCCUAGUGGAUGGUGGUAGCCUCUUCUCUCCUAAAUGAUCAUCUAUGUACAAAGAUUGUUCUAUGAUACAUGUUAUUGUAUAUGUUGUACAAGUCAAUAAGUGUACACGUAACACUGACAAGUCCUCUCGUAACUGAUCUAUUGUGACAUGACAAUACCAUCAUUUAUUUUUCUGUUUUCAAAGGUUAUGUUUGUAUUUUUAAAUGAUAUACGAAAGUCUAAAUGAUUGUUAUGACCACAACAGUCACUCACUCUCCCUCACCGACGCUCACAUAUCCACCCUGCCUUGAACCACAGAAAGGUGGUUACCAUAACCAUACAGGCAACCAUUCUCUCACACAACAUAUGUUACACAACACAGCUGAAACACACACACACACACACACACACACACACACAGGUAAAAACUUGCAUUAUCACUAUUCAUUUCACUCUGCUCCUUCUCAGGCUAGUGAGACAUUCCUAAAGGACAGACAGUCUACUGUACUGGGAGCCAGUCAGCCCCAGACCCUAGAAAGAGUUGGAUUCGAUUGCCUGGCUACUUUCCAGGCCAAUAUGAAGGCCAUUGUCCAUAACUGAUUGUGGUGGUCUAAUGAAGAGGGAACAGAUCUAUUUCCCUAUGUGUACUAUACCGUCUCUGAGGUUUGUGUUGAGUUAGUACCGGUGCAGUUAACUUCAAUGGCUGAGAAAAAGAAAACCGGGACUUUUCCUGACAUAAAGGGUGUUUUGUUUGUAUGUUUAUUUAGAUUUUAUAUCAACUGUACAACAACGAUGGCUGGGAGUAAAGAAAAACACAAAAACAUAGAAAAAUAGGAUAUUCUUUCUCUGUAGAUGUCUGUUAAAUGAAUCAUGGUACUGUACCUGGUUAUUCUGGCUGUGUCUAGUCACUGGAACUCUUGUCCACACUGUUGUUUCCUGGCCAAGCCAACCGUUUCUCUGGUUGUUUUCUCAAUGAUGGCAGCAAAGUUUGUCUUGUUUAAAUGGAUUCUACCACCUUUUGUUCUUAUUGAUAUUAUAGUAGUGUAAUAGAGAUUACUGGAAAAAAGAACUGAAAAUAUGUUGAUGCAAAUCAAAAAUAAACAUUGAUUGAUGUACACACCA